CUUACCAAAAGUAUCAUAAUAACUAAUAAUUGAUCAUAACCAAUAACAGCAUAAAGAUUCACUUAAGAAUAAAGAAAAGAAAAGAAACAUAUAUAUGUCAAAUAAUUAGAAAAUCAUUAGAUGGACUUAUCGAUAGAUGAAAAUUGAUUGAGGAAACAGGAAAAAAGAAUGUAUCUUUGUUUUCUGUGAAAGGAAACGUUGUCGAUGGAACUCAGGUCAUCACGACAAUGGCGCAUCACGAUAGCUGCUGCCAUCUUGAUAGAGUGAGCUAACUGCAGAACACGGACGGUAUCUCGCAGGCGCACUUUGCACCGCUUAAUCCCCGUCCUCCUUUCCCUAAGCAUUUUCCUCGCAAGGUUCGCUCGUCAUUCCUUCCUCGAGUAUCGCAAGGAUCGCGUACAACACAGCAAGUAGCAUUCUCUAUCUUCCGCGCGUUCUUCCGUCCUCUUCACCCCGUUACGAAGUCUCGUGACACGCGCGUGCACUUCCGGUUGCCGUCUUCACGGCAACAGGCUUCGUUAGCAUCGUUUUACCCCCUCUAUCUAUCUCUGUCUCUGUCUCUCUUUCUCACUCUCACUCUUUAUCCUUUAUCCUUGUUUCUCUCCUACGGUUUAUAUACACUUGUUUCGCUCGAGAUACGUUUAUCUCUCUUACUUUUUAUCUCUUUCCCUAUCUCUUUCUCUCUCUCUUUCUCUUCAUUUCUUUCAUUUUUCUUUUAUCUUUGAAAGAUUGUCAGUGAACCGCAAACACGUUGUCAGUGUCAGGGUCGUACAAAGUAGUGACAAGAAGGGUAAGAAAAGAGAAGAGAGAGAAAGUGAAAGAGAGAGGGAGAGAGAGAGAGAGAGAGAGAAGAGAGGGAAGCUUAGCGAACAGCUGGCUGAGACAUUUUGACACAAAGAAGACACAUCUGAUACAUAAAGAAGAGAAGACAAGUGUCCGAAGGCUAUCUCAUCCUUUUUUUUGUUCUUCUUGAUUGCUCAAAGAAGAGGAUCAUGUCGCUCAUAGCCGAAUGCUUUCGUCGAAUGACCGACACAUCCUGCAAAAGCGAAUUAAGGGGUUACAAGAUAACAGAUGUGAAUCGGACGAGAAAGUUCGGCGUUGCUUGCCGAAGUCUUCAGGAAUUGAAAAGGAAAGCUUGCACGAAAUUGAACAUAACGAACGACCUGGCAGAGGUGAAUGUCUUUCUUCUCGACGGAUCCUUGAUCGACGAAGAUUAUUUUCAUACGUUGGAACCACAAACGACCUUGAUCUUGCAGAAACCAGGGGAGAAGGUUUUGUCCGACGCUGAUCUCCUUUAUGAAACUUUGCGACGCGUUAAUAUCGAAUAUAUCACUGCCGGAGACAAAGUGUCGCAAUUUCUGACAGAGAAUCUUAAGAACAAGAUCGCCGUUUUGAACAAUGCCUUGAACAAGGAUGACUCCAAGACUGCGUUCAGUUUGAGAGAAGAACAUCCGGAGUGGUUUCGCGGACUUGAGACUAAUUAUACUAGUAAGGAAGCUUAUAUGCAUCGUCGAUGUCAGGAUAGGAUACGAGGAUAUUUGUAUAAGACGAUCGAUCAGAUCAGAUCCUCGGACAUAUAUCUAAACGAUCGAAAUGCUAGACAACAAUUAUUACAGACUAUAGCCUUCUUCAAAAUGCAAUUAAAGGAAGAUCAUUAUUUCGGUUAUUAUUUCGAUAGAAGUCGAGCGGCAAAGGAUCCAAACGAAACGGAACAUUUCGACGAAGUAGAUUCUUCAGAUUGUUACGAUCAUUGUCCUUGCAAAUUGAGUCAUCUCGACGAUAGCACGCACUUUCGUUUGUUUGGAAACAUUAGAACGAUCGAUGAAAGUUUCAAUAACGACGAGGUCGAUGCAAGAAAAAUCACCAAAGUAUCCGUCGAGAGAAAACAGGACACGGAUGAAAAUGAGGUACGACCAGAGAAAUGUCCCUUUAGGAUUAAACUUCGUAACGUGGAAGAGCAGAAAGCUAUUUGCGAUCGCAAGGGAGAAUUCAGGUGUGAAGGAGUUUGGAACGCGAACGAGUGUACUUAUGGAGCGAGACACACGAUUAACCCUUACAGAUCGAGAGAGGAACUCGUCCUCUUUUCAACGUGGAAUUUGGAUCACAAAAUCGAACGAUCUCGGACCCUAGUUCCAAGGCUUCUUAAUAUGUCACUUCAAGAUACAGUGAACGAGAAGGACAUCUACGAUAUUUACGAGAAUCUCUUCACUUUGAAAAACUUAAGACUGGUUCACGUCGUAUGUCACGAUAAGGGCUCGCACAAGUCGGAAUAUUAAUGAGGAUGAUCAUAUUUAAAGAAAGAGAGAGAGAGAAAGAGAGAGGGG